UACACCACCUGUGGCCGUCUGCAGGAAUCCACAUAGUUCAUUGUGAAAACUCACCUGCUGCAUGCAACACUGUGAUCCCAGCUCGUUCUUAUUUGGAAUAGUGCGUUCAGUGUUGUUUUUGUGACAGCUGGAAAAGGUUGUUGGUUAAUAUUUGCGAGUGUUUGCGAUAUUCUGCAAGUGAAUUUUUGUAAAUCAGAAAGGUAGUUAAUUGAUUGCGCGGAGACUGUUAAAAUUGCACGGUUCAUAUGAUAAAUGCUUCUUUAUAUUACCGAUAAGUGAGUAAUAAUAAAUGAAAUGCAUUCCGCUUUUAUUUGCAUUUAGCAGAAAAUUAACUUCAGUGAGAAUUCAAGCCAUGUUUCUGGGAAAAUGUGCGCGCAUAGUGUAAAAAUUAAUAUAAAAAAAUAAUAAAUUAAAUAUUCAGAAAUUUACAUUAGGUUGUGGAAGAGGCAGUGGUUGGGGUAGUGCAUACUCAGAGCUUAUUGUUUGUUAAUUUAUUAAUUAACUUGGCCAAAGGCAAAGUGGUCGAAUGAACAAUAGAAUUAUUUUUGAAAGAAAUCUUACUCGAAUAUGCAACCAGUAUCAAGUGAAUUAAUGCUUUUUUUUCGAAUGUAUCGGAAACAGGAGAAAACAGUAUUUUUAUAGAAACUCACUUAGAAUGAGUUAAGUAUAAAAAGACGUAGUUUAGUAAUUCAGUGCUAAGUUGAGAAGUUAAUAUGUCCAAUCACUAUUCCCUUGGGAAUGGCCAAACGAAAAUCUGCCUACACAGCAACAACAACAAUAAGAAAUCACAAAAACACCAGUAUAAGCAACAAAAACGUUCUGAAUGUAAUGUGGUAAGGUGGUGGUAGUGAAACCUACGCUCGGGUGUACUUAAAAAAGAAAACAAGAAGUGCGCCAACAAUCAACGUGCGGUAAAAAGGCAAAAAUAAAAAAAGUAGUUGAAGGUUAUUUAAAAUUUUCUGCUUUUAUUGCUAUAUUCGCCCCUUCCCCUACGCUAUGCGCAGCCGAACAAAUCAAACAAAGAAAGACCUAUUAAGAACAGUGUAAGCAGAGUAGUGUAGAACCAGAGCGACCGACCGUCAGAGAACGUUUAUUACUCUGCCAACGUACUCUGCGCAUAUUCAUGUAUUCACUCGUAUGUGUGUUCUUCACGCUGUUAGUUAUUUCUCAUCAUUUCAUUGUUCCCACUUAAUGCAAUGUAAACAAAAAAUCAAGUGUCAUCCGCCAAGCGCCAAGUUUUGUAUGAUAACAACAAAAACAGCUCACUACACUGACAACGUGUGUCCGUUCGGAUGGCAUGAGUGCAAAUGAGAUCGCUAUAGUUCAGCUUUCGUAAAAAGUGGAAAGUCAGGAUGCAAGUGUGUGUGUAACAGUGAGUGGUUAAUUUUCACUGCUUCCAAUAAGAAAAUAUUGACGGUGCUCGCAUUACGGAUGUACGACUAUUAAUAAAUUUAAUUUUGCAAUCCACAGUUUUCAAUUAACGUGCAAUAUCUUAUUAUUGUGUAGCAAAAAAAUAGUGUAGUGUAAAUGUAAAAAGUUACAACUAACAAAAAUUUUAAUUGUAAACGCUUUGAGGCAUAUAAGAACGCUGAGUAGUAAGCAGAGUACGCAAACUGCAUGGUGCGGUGCGCCAGUUCCAGCAGCCUACAAGUGCAAGUGAGAAAAAGGUAAAGAGUGCGCAACGUCGGCGAUCACUGUAGAACGAAAGAGAUAGUAGCGUAUGGGUUGCAUAGUGUAAAGCAGGCGUACAAGAGCUGGUAGCAGCGGCAACAUCGGCUGCUAACGUAGAAAUAUGUAAGGCGAAACAUUGCAAAUGUCAAUAAACUCUACAAAGAUCGCAUUACUUUCAAAAUGGGACUGCAUCAACGGCAUCUAUCGAAUUUCUACAAACUGCACCAAUGCUCCAUAAAUGAAAAAAGGACUUUGUAAUAACGGAAAUUUACAAAAAGAUCGCUUAAAAAACCGCACAAGUUAGACACAUUUAUUAUUAUUAUAGUAGAAGUGAAAUCAAAUUUUUGAUUAUAAGAAAUAAUGUCCUCCACAAAAGCAGAGAGCGCUGCUGGCGCCAAUCCCUCAGCGGCUGCCUUUGGCUCAACGCUAGCGGGCAAUGCAUUCCAGCUGCCCGUGAAUAUGCAUAACCACGCUCAAAUAACUUCAAAUGGCAGUAGCUGUCACAGUACGAAUGGCACAACUACAACGACCACAACAACAACGCGCAACAAUAUAUCCGUCACGAAUAUCAAAUGUGAAAUGGAUGAGGGCAUUGCGGCAUCGUUCAUGCCCAACGGCAAUAUAGUGCCUGUCAUAGCUGCGACGGGCGCUGCCGGCUUCUAUAACGGAGCCAGCAGUGGGAGUGGUGGUGUUGGUAUACGUAUACCUGUCACGAAGGCGGAAGAUUCCGAUUCGGAGACUGAAUUGACGAACAUUGAGAAUUUAAAGGUGACGCGACGCGGGCACACAAAUGCGGACAGCAGUACGCCUGGCAGCAGUGCUGCUAUUGGCGGUAGCUCUAGUACCACAAAUCACAACAAGAAUGGGCCCCGUCCCAUGUCCUGGGAAGGUGAACUCUCCGAAACGGAGACGACGGAAACGGAGCUCAUGGAAACGGAAAAUUCGUUAGGUAGUAGCGGCAUAUUGCCGAACAGUUUAAACACCAGUAUUGGCGGCAUCGGUGUGGCGGUGAUUAAGAGUGAGGCGACCACCACAACACCUGGACACACGGUGGCGCCUACGCCUACACAUCCCAUUAAACCCGAGCAAAUGGAGCAAAUUUCCGUGGAGGUGCAUAGCGCUACGGUGGGUGUUGGUCCAUCGCGCAGUGGUUUGGGCAGCAGCAGCAGCGCGGGCAGUCUAUAUCCCACGCCACACACAAAACUAGCGCCUACGCAAAGUGAUCCCAUUAAUUUGAAAUACGAGCCCGAUGCUUCCGCUACGGGGAUCAUUUCAGCUGGCGCUAAUGUAAACUCGCCACUUUUAACGCGCAACAAAUCAGCCACGCUGCCAUUGCCUGCUAAUCCCAGCCCCGAUUCUGCCAUACAUUCCGUCUAUACGCACAGCUCACCGUCCCAAUCGCCGUUGACGUCGCGUCAUGCGCCCUACACGCCAUCGCUUAGUCGAAACAAUAGCGACGCAUCACACAGUUCUUGCUACUCCUACAGCUCAGAGUUUAGUCCGACACAUUCACCCAUACAGGGCAGGCAUGCACCACCAGCUCCUGCACUCUACGGCAGCUUCAAUGGCUCGUUGCAUCAUUCGGUGCUCUACCGUCCCAUUUCGGUGGACAGCGGUGGUGGUGGCAAUGGCAAUUCCGGUGGAAACUGUAAUGCGGAGGUGCAAAAUCUUAGCAUGGACACGAAGGUCUCGCCACUCAAUAUAGGUCUUGAAGGAUUGCCUGCCUCGCCGGCUGGUAUUUCGCGUCAACAGCUCAUCAAUUCGCCGUGUCCCAUUUGUGGCGAUAAAAUUUCCGGCUUCCAUUAUGGUAUUUUUUCGUGCGAAUCUUGUAAGGGCUUUUUCAAGCGCACUGUGCAGAAUCGCAAAAAUUAUGUGUGCGUACGGGGCGGUCCUUGUCCAGUGAGCAUUUCGACGCGUAAGAAAUGUCCUGCCUGCCGUUUCGAAAAAUGUCUGCAGAAGGGCAUGAAGCUCGAAGCCAUACGAGAGGAUCGUACGCGUGGCGGCCGCUCCACGUACCAGUGCUCGUAUACGUUGCCCAAUUCGAUGCUAAGUCCGUUAUUGAGUCCCGAGCAGCAGGGUGUUGCAGCAGCAGUAGCAGCGGCUGCAGCAGCAGCGGCCAGUCAACAGCAGCAACAGGGACGACUUGGUACGCAAAUGGCGCAUGCAAUGACCGCACAGCAGCAGCCCACAUUGAACGGGCUGACAGCGGGACUGAGCGUGGGACAAACAGUAAUCAAGUCGGAGCAGUGCGAUGAUGGAGGUGCAUCGGCGCGUGCAACAAACAUUCCAACGCUACUGCAGGAAAUCAUGGAUGUUGAACAUCUGUGGCAGUAUAAUGAAGCCGAAUUGGCGCGUCUCAAUCAACCGAUCUCCUCAUCGUCUUCUUCAUCUUCCAAUGCAUCUUCGUCCUCAUCGUCCACUGCGGUUAGUGGCGGUGGUGCCACUGUCAAUCCACAAAUGACAAACCCUUUGCUGGCAAGUGCUGGUUUCGGUAACGGUGAAAAUGCCAAUCCCGACCUGAUUGCGCAUCUGUGCAAUGUGGCGGAUCAUCGGCUGUACAAGAUCGUCAAAUGGUGCAAGAGUUUGCCACUCUUCAAGCAUAUUUCGAUCGAUGAUCAAAUUUGCCUACUGAUCAAUUCGUGGUGUGAAUUGCUGCUCUUUUCUUGCUGCUAUCGCUCAAUCGAUACGCCGGGCGAGAUCAAAAUGUCACAAGGCAAGAAGAUUAGCUUAGCGCAGGCGAAAUCAAGUGGCUUACAGGCCUGCAUUGAACGAAUGUUGAACCUGACAGAAAACUUGAGACGCCUACGAGUUGAUCGCUACGAAUAUGUUGCCAUGAAAGUGAUUGUGCUGCUGCAGUCGGACACCAGCGAAUUACACGAGCCCGUCAAGGUGCGCGAGUGCCAGGAGAAGGCGUUGCAAGCCUUGCAGGCCUACACGCUUGCGCACUAUCCAGAUACGCCGUCCAAAUUUGGUGAGUUGCUGCUGCGCAUACCAGACUUACAAAAGACAUGCCAGCUUGGCAAGGAGAUGCUCACCAUAAAAUCACGUGACGGUGGCGAUUUCAAUUUACUUAUGGAAUUGCUGCGUGGAGAACAUUGACAAUUGCUCUGGCAGAGUGUGCACAGAGUAGAGCAACAGCAAGAAGAAGCAGCGAGGGUAGCGUUUGAAUGUCGCCAGCUGCUCAAUUGGCGAAGUGCAAUGGAUGUAGCCUCAAGUGAGGCCAGUAGUUGUGCUUGAACAGAAAGGAGUGAGAGCAAAAGGUGUAUGGAAUGUGACGCAAUGCUUCCAGAAAUUAUUAAGAAAAUUGCAAACGAAGACAGCUUAAAUGUAUAUGCAAAUGUAAACCUUAUAUUAGUGAAUGCUAGCUAUCUAAGAAGAGAAAAAAAUCGCUAGCGUAAUGCAGUAAGAAAAUAUGAACCUAUUUUAAACUUGCUUUUAUAAGUAAAUAUAAAAGUGUAAUAGAUGUUAGUGUAUGGCGGAAUGCCCAGUUCGAGUAACUAAAAUUUUAGUAUUUUUUACUAUGCCCAUAAAUAAUUAGACUAAGUAAGCAGGCUUAAUUUAGAUAAGUACUAAUUAGCUAAGUAAGCGAAUAAAAAAACUUAAAUAUGAAAAACAUGUGCCUAAAUGAGUAAACGUUAAAGAAACUGAUAGUAAAAUGCAACAUAUUCAAAAGGAAUAUAAAACUUUUUUUUUUUUUAAUUUUUGUGUAACUAUGGAAAAUAGUACAUGAAUGGAAAAAGCACAAAAAUUCGAAAGCUGCGUUAGGCAUUCAGUACGCAGUCGUAGUCCAAAUGAAGUCAGCUGCAAGAGUAGUAACAGUUUGUGAAAAUAUUUCGUAGAAGCUGGGGCUUCUAAAAUAGUUUUUUCUUGGUUUUUUUUAUUGGACUGCGCCUACGAUUGUGCGCCUAAUGUAGGGUUUUGAAAAAAUGAAUGAAAAUACACGCAAUAGUAUCAAUUAAAUAUUUGCCAAAUUUAUAAGAACUUUUGUAGUGCUUAAUAUUAUAUGUAUGUCUGUACAUAAAUAUAUGAAAGUAAAAGAUAAUAGCAAUAAAAAUUAUUCGCUUAUAAAAAAUGUGAAGAAUUUUGUGACAUACAAAUUUAUGAGAUCCUGCGAAUGUAUGCACUUGUGAGAAGUUGAAAGUUAGUUUAUUAUGUAUGUAGAAAAUUUUAAAACCAGCAAAAGCACACACUAUCUAUAGUACAAAGUGGCACAAAAUUAAUCAUCCAAUUUUGCUUUUGAAUAACUUUUUUGCGCAAUAAAAAAAAAAUAUUUUGAUAGAUGAGAGUAAAGCUCUGUCCUUUACGCUAUGCGCUUCAUUGCUUGGCUGUUUGUAUACUGUAUCCGACGGUUCCAAACCAGGUGGAGUUUUUUAGUCUCCGGACACAGGGCCGUAGAGAGCAUAUCCGGGCCCCGGGGGGAAUUGCAAAUGCGGGCUCUUUCCAAUUAUGUCUAAUUUAUAUAAUUCGAAUUACUCUCGAGUCCGAGCCCCUCUGAGAACUCCGGGCCCGGGGUAAAAAGUCUCCGAUCCCCAACCCCCUCUCGUCGGGCCUGUCCGGACAUACCAUUGCUGGGACGGCAGCUUUGAUGAUGCAUUAAGCUUUUUAAACCUCCUGAUCCGCAAAGAAAAGAACAAAAACAAAAACAAACUUCCUAGUUCGCAAAUGUCAAAUAUGAUUGAUAGGGUGAUUAAUUUUGCGCCACCUUGGAAGGCAUACAAUUACGGUUGCUUUUAAAUAUAAGCUAAUGUUUUCAUAAACGACCUCGGAAUGUUGAAUUUCGAAAUAAGUUCACUUGCUGUUGUUGUUGUAAACCAUAAACCAAACACUUUGGAGGCAUAUUAAAGGAUUGACAAGCGAAAAUUCUAGCUCACAAAUGUCAUAUAUGAUUGAUGGCCAACGGGAUUUGUAAAAAUCGGAAAUCUUUCGAUAGGAUGAUUAAUUUUGCGCCUCCUUGGAAGUCACAUUAGAUUUUAAAAUUUCCAAUUUCACAUUUGAGUUUCAUAUAAAUGAAGGUUUUCAGAAAAAACAACAGAAUAUUGAUUUUGACAAUUAGUUCACUUGCUGUUGUUGUUGUUGUAAGGCGUAAACCAAAAACAAUUUUGAAGCGUAUGGCAGGCCUGACAGACCAUAACCGGCUAUAAAUUCGAAUCAUAUACCGCUAACUUAGAGCUAUCCAACAGGCAGGCGUUUUUGUUGCUGUUGUUAUUGUGCUUGUUAUUGUAUAUAUUUACUCCUUCCCCUCCAUAGUGAAGCAUAGGGGCACAACAAAACUCUUAAAUCUAUUCCCCUAUACAACGACAUUCUUUUUAUUUCGAUCCAGACCGUUUCUUGUUAUUGUAUUAACAUAAAAUUUCUAAAAAAAAAAAGUGUGAGUACUUCUAAAGUGACUGUUUCAAGUCGUUCGCUAAAUCCGACUAUCUACUUCGCAUAUUAUUGUUGUUGUAGCGCCAUAAAACAUUUCCCAUACAUUCUUGAGACAGCAUCGGUCCAACUAAUUUCUCUGCACUCUUACUUACAUACUUUUAUCCACCGGAAGCUUUGCUCUAACGAAAUUUGCGCGCUUCAAAUGUUGAUGAAUGACUUAUUCUUCAACUUUUCUUGAAUUAAUUGCCUAUUUGUAAGGUUAGAGUUAGUCCAAAAUUAUUAGGCGAAAUUCGCUACAAUGUGGACUGAGACAUUCCCAAAUCCCAGAGGCGACGAAGCUCUGAAUUUUGAUAGUAAUUUUUAGUAAAUUUCAAAACAUGCUCGUUUGUGAAGGUUUUCAUAAAAUUUUUAAACCUGUUGGGCGUUGUGACCUUCGUUCCCACAACAGUCGGCUCUACGUUACCGGAACGACUCGGAUUUAAGUUCCACCAAGUAAUGCCACUUCAACAAUAUGCACUUAAACAGCAUUUCCCGUACAUGUAUGGAGAAUGUUUAUGCUGCUACAACAACAACAACGUUGUGAUUUUUAAGUAUAAAGUUGUUAUGCCAAUAUUGAAAACUUCUGAUUUUUAGCUGACUUUAUUUCUUUGGUGUUUCUGUGUGCAUAUACAGUCAACGUAAAAAAAGAAUUUGUGCGCUGCAUAUUGAAAAGUUUUGACUAUUAAUUUAUUUAUUUUGUAUAUUCAAUAUUUUUUUUUACAAAAAUAUAGCUCAUACUAACUACAACAAAAACCUUCUAAACAAACUUUCGAACUUUUGAUAAAAUUUGUAGAAAUUCAGCAAAUUUUCAUCAACUUUUUACUACUAACUAAUUUUUUCAAAGAGUUUUCACUAUUAAUUUAUCUAUUUUGUAAUUUCAAUUUUUUUUGUUUUUAUUCAUACUACCAAAAAACCAUAUAAACCAAACUUUCGAACUUUGCCUAAAAUUAAAAAAAAAUCGGCAAUUUUCAUCAAAUUUUUCCUACUAAUUAAGAGUUUCUGCGAAAAUUUCUAGUAUGCAAUUUUGUAGCCCAUUGAAUUUCGGUCUAAUAAAGUGCAUGUUUCAAGUAGAUCAAAAAUCACGCUGAUUUUUUAGAAUUUUUUUUUCGUCGUGAUCUUGUGCAUUUUCAGUUUUUUUUAUAUGAAACACCCAACAGCGUCAGCGGAAAAAAUUUUCAAAAAUCAACGCAAUUUUUGAACCACUUGAAUCUUGCAUUUUAUUAUACCAAAAUUCAAUGAGCUAUAAAAUUACAUACCCGAAAUCUUUCUUAAAAUUCUGAGUAUAAAAUUUGAAAUUUUGAGUAAAAUUUGCCGAAUUUUGACAAAUUUUAUACGAUACAAAUUUCGAAAGUUUGUUUUAUAUGUUUUUUGUUGUAGAAUGAAGUAUAUUUUUAUAGAAAAGUUAUUGAAAUUACAAAAUUUUUGUUGUAGUAUGAACUACAGGGUUGCCCAUACUCGACGGACCCAUGUGUUUUUUGGGCCCAUUCCAAUCGACCAGGCUUUUCCGCAGGCAACUAUCCUUGCGUCAAUUGAAUCUUAUACGGGAAUAAAUGCAAAUCAAUGCGGAUAAUCCGUUGUAAAGUGGUCCGAGCAAUGCCCAACUGCUGACAACGGCGAUUUUGGGAUGGCCCUGGCGACGUCUCAACACUGGCCCGUACAAGAGCAAUGUUCUCCUCCGAUCGCCUGGGUCGCAUCACCAGUCGAAAACCUUUCGUACAGACGUUUAAUGGUGUUCUUAGAAGGCGCACUUUUCACAUUACUUAAUUUUUUAUACGCACGUUGAGCUUUCACAAUUGACUUCUUUUGUUGGAUGUAAAUUUCAACAAUUUGGGAGCGCUCGCGUGGCGUGUACUGUUCCAUGGUAAACAUCUGCUUGGACUGACGCUUCCAACGCGGUAUGUUAUUAAGCGAUCUGACGUCUCUGUCAAAAGAUACAGGGUUGCCAGAUGGGUACGUCGAAUAUUAACAACCCUGUAUAUUUUUAUAAAAAAAUAAUUGAAAUUAUAAAAUUUUUGUUGUAGUAAGAACUAUAUAUGUAUUUGGGAAAAAAGUAAUUGAAAUCACAAAAUGAUAAUAUGAACUAUAUUUUUAUAAAAAAAUAACUGAAAUUAUAAAACAAAUACUUAAUCAAAACUUAUCGAUAUGCGGUGUACACUUUCUUUUGACGCUGACUGUAUGUACUGACUCGGAUUUCGCUGAUGUGAUAAUUCUAUUCAUGCUGAUUUUUUACACUCAUCUAUCUUCAAAAUAACACAAAAAAUUCAUACAUGAAUUCUAACAAAGUGCUUUCGCGAGAGAUUCCGUUUUUUAGGAGAAUUGCAAUCACCCUAAAAGUACCUUCAGUUGCAAAAGUUUUUUUAAUCUUUUUGUUUUUUACAGCAGGUGUAAAAAAUAUCAAGAUUAAUUUUAUAAGCGUUUCAGUUUUUAUAAAAAAAGUGACUUAUAAAAUUUAUUUUGAAUGCAUGAUUUCUACUUCUUCAAAGAAAUCACUCCCCAAGUUGCUCUAAUGCGUCGCUUUGAUGCCAUUUUGAGACCUCCAACAGGCAGAUAUCUAUAGCCAGGCAGAUCUGUUGAUCAAAUGGAGAACAUUGACAGGAUUUACGUUGGCGCAAUGCCCCAGGCUGUCGAAGAAAACAGCAUUUUUUACCUAAAACUAAAAUCAAGCAAGUGCAAAAAAAAAUUGGAUUUUUCAAAAUUUCGGCAUACUUGGGCAUAUUUUUUUAAAGCAAAUAAUUUUUAUUUGAAACGCAUUUUUUUUACUUUCAUAAAAACAAAUUGUAAUGAAAUUGAAAAGACUAAAUAUGCAAAACCGCACAACAACUUAUUUUACAUUAACUAAAGGUAAUACUGAAAAAAAAACAAAAAUUCUGAAAAAGUAAAGAAACAAAAAACAAAACAAACAAAAAAACGCAUUCUUAUAAACAACAAAAAACAAAACAAAAACAAAACAAAAAACAUUCUACUAAAUGUAAAUAAACUAGUUAAAUGUAUGAGAAAAUUCAACAAAAAAAAAAAUGAAAGCCAACAACUACUUUACUAUCAUAGAUUAGCUGCGCAUACGUAAAUUGUUUUGUUUAAUCAAAGGCAGCUAUGUGUUUGUGUUUUUAGUACAGAGGUCGACAAAAUUGAAAGUGUUAUUGUUUUGAUGAGCGCAGAAUAACUGAAAUUGUAUUGCUGAUAUAAGAAAAAAGCAACAAAAAACCACUGCUCAUGUUGCUCCGUUGCUGUCUGAGUAACCACUGAGUGCAAGAGCUUAAGAGAAUGAAUGCGUUUGAUGCGUGCACUGCUUGCACGAGUAAACUUUGUCGACCCCUGUUAUAACCGUUUGAGUUCCAAGGGGUAUUGAAAAAACAUUAAUGGACGAUUGCAAUGAGCACUAUAAAUGAGUACAUAAAAGCCGAAGCAGCGCGAAAGCACUUUUUUUUUUCUUUUAUGUAGAGAAAUAUCAAUAACAAUAAAGAAUUGUAUUUUGUAAUGUAUUAUUGCAUUAUUAUAGUAAAGGGUGGCUAAGUUUCAAGGGCCGGUGUUGAUUUUGAAUAAAAUACAAUUUUUGUAGGGAAUUAUUAUCAUUUCUCUUUAUUAUGAUAAUAUUGGUAUGGCUUAAUUAAGUCAAGUCGGCGGCACACCUCCAUCCGAUGGUCCAAAUUUUCGAUGACGCUAAGGCAUAAUUGAGGUUCUAUGUCGAUAAUGUGCCGAAUUAUCUUAUCCUUUAGUUUUUGAAUUGUUGCUGGCUUAUCGACGUACACCCUUUCUUUCAAAUAACCCCAAAGAAAGAAGUCCAACGGUGUCGUUGACGUUUAGGUGGGGUUCACAUUCAACAUCGGCCCUUGAAAUUUAACCACCCUUUAUUAUGCCAGCUAUUGGAACUAUUUACUGGGUGUACUAUAUGUACUAUUUACAAUAAAAUUGUGUGAUGUAUUUGCCUUUGUAAAUCUGAGCGCGCACAACUUCAACAAUCGUUAACGCUGACGGUGAGAUUGCUCGCAAUGUGCGAAGCGUAUCUACUGUGUUUUCUCUGCAUAAAAUCUUAAAAGCAGCGCGAGCGCCCUGUUUCGGACUCAAACGGUUAAGGUCAUAGCGCAAAUUUUUUAUUCUUUAAAAAUAUUUGUUUUUAGUUUUGCAUUUUUAAGUAAUU